AUGACAGUCAAUCAUAUUUUCUUUUGGGCCUCGGCUGCCAAGUACACAUCCCUGCGGUCAUUUUAUCGUGCCAUCUUGCAACCGAUCGGGUACAGCGAGAUGAUUCGUGUAAACAACGACGCUCUUAUCGGCUAUGGCAGUGACUAUCCUUACUUCUGGCUCAAGAAACUGCCCGAAGACAAAGAUCCACUACCAACUCACAUUGCGUUUGAUGCCCCAAGCCGCGAAGCUGUGGAUCAAUUCUACCAGCUAGCCUUGCAAAAUGGCGGACGAGACAACGGAGGUCCAGGCGUCAGGAAAGAAAUGAGUCGGCAGCCAUACUAUUCAGCUUUUGUGAUUGAUUUGGACGGGAACAACGUGGAGGCUGUGUAUCUUCCGAAAUAA